AUAAAAUCGACGACGGUGCGUAAUAAAGACGUAAUAAGUUUCUUUUCCCAAUAUUUUUUAAGUUGAGAUUAUAAUAUAAAAUAUAAUUAAAAGAACGGACAUAUUUCAGAACUGACAAUGUUGAUUUAUAAAAGCUUACUGUGUUAUCUUUACGUGAAUUCAAUAUACGGAUUGACACUUUAUCAAAUAAAUGACAGACUGAGUUACAUUGAAGAUAGAAUAAAUGCAGAAAGCAAAUUUCGGAGAGAUGACUUCGGUUCAUUGUAUAAUGAGAUUUCUUCCAUGAAAGAAAUGCUACAGCAAUUGCUAGAGAGUAACAGUGAUGGGAAGGAAACUAAAAAUACUGAUCAGAUAAAAGAACACACUAGUAAAGAGUUAGAAGAAAAGAUUCAUCGGCUGAGUAUUGGUUUUAAAGAAGAAAAAAUGACAAAUAGUCGAAUAAGACGAAAAACACACGAAUUACAACGACAAGUUACCGAUCUAAGAACCAUAACAGACAAGACUUCUCAAGUCCUUGCAGACAUUUGGAAAGGAAUAGAGCAACUAACCAGGAAGACUGAACUAUAUCAAAAUGAUAGUUAUCGGUUACAAAGCGCUUUCACUAAAAUUGAAAUUUGUUCUAAUAACUUUACAGAACAAUAUGAAAACAGUCAUAAUGUUCAAGAAGAAAAAUUUGACAAAAUUAUGACAAUUACAGAAAUGAUACAGGAAAACACAGAACAACUAAAGCAAGGACAAGAAAUGAGACUUGACAAAAUUGUGGCAGAUACUAAUAGUAUACAGGAAAACACAGAACAGCUGAAUCAAGCACAAGAAAAGUGUUUUGAUAAUAUUGAACAUAUUUACAAUGCGACCAAGAGAUUAGAAGAAAAACUUGAAAGCAUAGAAAACUUUGUCACCAGGGCGACUUCAUGUUUGGAUCUGUAUAACAACGGAUUUAAAUUAAGCGGUAUUUAUCAGAUAUAUAUUAUUAAACAAGAAAAACUGCUGUCUGUCUACUGUGACAUGGAUACUGACGAUGGAGGAUGGACAGUCUUCCAACGACGUCAAGAUGGAAGUGUGGACUUCUUUCGAGACUGGGAAGAAUAUAAAACUGGAUUUGGUGAUUUGAAUGGCGAGUUUUGGCUUGGGAACCACUACUUAAAUCUACUGACCGAUGAUGAUAAACAACACGAGCUAAGAAUUGAUCUUGAAGACUUUGAUGGAAAUCGUGCAUAUGCCAAGUAUAGAAGCUUUAAAAUUCUGCCGGAGGAAAUGAAGUACAAACUCGAAGUGGGUGGUUACACUGGUAAUGCCGGAGAUUCUCUUGAUGCACCAAACAAUAAGGGACAUAUACAUGAUGGAAUGGAAUUCAGCACAAAAGAUAAUGAUAAUGACAACUUAGGCGGACAUUGUGCUUCUCAAUAUAAAGGCGCCUGGUGGUUCAAUGAUUGUUUUGCCUCGCACUUAAAUGGUUUGUAUUCUCAAAAGGCAACUUGUACACCAGAAUGGAAAUGCAUCAUUUGGGAUUCAUGGAAAGGUUUUCAAACCUCCAUUAAGUUCACUGAAAUGAAACUCAGAUAAAGUUGUUUCUGAGAUAAGUAGAAUAACUUUUUCGAAUGAUGCUUACUGUACGGAUAAUUUUGUAUAUUUACAAUUACAGAAACAAUUUUAAAUAAAUUCAAAGUAUUCCGAAAGGGGAAGUUUAAAUUCGUUUUGAAUUAUGGGAGUUUUCUAUUGUGUUGUCAUUAUAAUUGUUUGUUUAAAUGUUUUAUAUAUAUUAACAAUAUCACAUUUUACCUUACCGUUAUAGUAAUAUUUUUUGCAUGCAUAAUAGAGGCGAAAAGUUUUAUAAUUAAUAAUUAUUGGCAAAAGUAUUACAUUUAUUAUGGCGUCAGUGUAUGUAAUUAAUUUUUAAGUGAAAUUAUGCUCACUUUUUUAUUGUGAAGUUGAGCUGAAUUUUAUAUGUUUUUCAAAAGAUUGACUUUUAUAAUGGUGAUUAACCAACAGUUAAAUUGGAAUAUGUUUAGGAUAAAAUCUGCCUAAAAUAUAAAGACUGUCCCACUCAAGAUUGUUAUAAACUGAACAGAUAAUUUCCGAUGGCUAUUUAAAUUACAGAAUCUCCUUGGGCCAUGUGAAUUACCUUUUCAGUCACUAUAUGUCCUUGGAUAGCUCUAGUGUCUCUUUAAACACGCUCAAUUUUAAUGUAAACAACAUAUUCAGUUUUCCAAUUACACAAGCAUUUACCAAUAAUUUCACUUUGUGG